GGUUUAUUCGCGUCGCAUGCUUCAAAAUGCUCUUGCUAUAGUUGCUGCUAUUCACUCUAAUGAGGGUAUUGGAGUUAUUAGGGUCAAUAACAGUUCAAUGUUGAUAAAAUAGUUAUAUCUUUGUGAUUCAUUAAAUUUCACAGUUUCUGGAUUUCAACGUGAAGGAUAUAGUCGAUUAGGAUGUCUAUUAGCGACACUAGAGAACACGUAAUUAUGAUAGAUGACGAGUGUCAAGCUACGGAGAACAACGAGAUAGCUGCCAUUGAUUAUGAGCUGCAACAGAUAGAGAACGAGGUACAGAAAUUACAGGAUCGUAGGAGAUUAUUGACACAACGGAAAGAGAAAUUGCGUGACGAUGCUCUUUUAAAGAAAAGUUUUUUUCUGGCCAAGAAGAAUUGGGACAAUGCGGAUUUCAUUUGGUCUGUAAAACUCAUAGAGAUAUUAAAGAAUGUAUUCAAGAUAGAAAAGCUACGAGAGUUACAGUUACCGACUAUGAAUGCGAUCAUGUCCAAAGAAGAUGUGAUAUUGAUUAUGCCUACGGGUGGUGGCAAGAGUUUAUGUUAUCAAUUACCGGCUGUGAUGAGUAAAGGUAUAACGGUGGUAGUUUCACCAUUAGUAUCCUUAAUGGAAGAUCAGUUGUACGGAUUGCGUAAACUCGAUAUAAAAGCUAAUAUGCUGUGUGCGAAGGCUGAUAAGGAGAGUAUCAAAAUGACUAUGACGGCUCUCGUGGAUAAAAGUUGCCCUCUUAAACUGAUUUAUAUAACACCUGAAUACAUGGCAAAGUCCAAUCGCUUCAUGAAUAAACUGCAAAAAGCAUACGAGUUGGGUCAUCUAGAACGGUUUGCGAUCGAUGAGGUGCAUUGCUGUAGUCAAUGGGGACACGAUUUCAGACCUGAUUAUAAGUUCUUGGGAGUAUUGAAAUCUAUGUUCCCUGGAAUACCGAUUCUAGGUCUGACUGCAACGGCCCCGACUAAAAUCAUCGUAGACGUGCAGAAAAUGCUAGACAUUAGUGGUUGCCUAGUUUUACGAGCUUCAUUCAAUAGACCUAAUUUAUAUUAUGAAGUUCGUCGCAAACCAGCUGAUAAGGAGACACGUCUCGCGAUGAUAGAAAAUCUGUUGAAGAAUCGAUUUAACGGCAAGUCGGGUAUAAUUUACACAACUACUAUUAAAGACGCGGAACAAUUGACAACUGAUUUGAGAGAUAAAGGUAUCAAGGCUGGAUGCUACCACGCAAUGCUCGAAGCCAAUUACCGAUCAGAAGUUUACUCCAAGUGGAUGUUAGGCAAGUAUCAAGUGGUAGUGGCAACUAUCGCUUUUGGAUUGGGUAUUGACAAGCCGGAUGUGCGAUUCGUGAUUCAUCAUUGCGUUUCCAAAUCGAUGGAAAAUUUUUAUCAGGAGAGUGGUCGAGCGGGUAGAGAUGGCAAAAAGUCGGUGUGUCUUGUGCUCUAUAGAUUAGCGGAUAUAUUUAAAUUGAGUACCAUGGUGUUUCAAGAUAAAGUCGGAUUGCAAAAUUUGUAUAAAGUAUUGGCCUAUUGCUUAGAUCAAACUUCCUGUAGACGGAGUUUAAUAGCGACUCACUUUGAAGAAAAUUGGAAAGAAAACGACUGUGCAGAGAUGUGUGAUCAUUGUAGGAAACCUAUAAGCGUUAGAAAGCAAAUCGACGUAGCACAUUAUUGUAGACAAUUAUAUCAGAUUAUGACUAAAGCUGUGCAAAAUGAAAUACGAUUAACCGCAUUGAAACUGGUAGAUGCUUGGUAUUGGAAAGGUGUCUCGUCAUUGCGAGUUUCUAACGUACCUGUACCAAAUUUUACGAGAGAAACCGCAGAGGCUAUCAUAGGGUAUUUGCUGAUAAAUGGUUACCUACAAGAGGACUUUCAUUUUUCAGCAUAUUCUACAAUAUCAUAUCUUAAACGCGGACCUAAGUCAGGACUAGUGUCAGGUGACAACGAUCACAAGAUACUCUUUAACUAUGAGCUUUACUAAACAUUGUUGCAAUCGAUAUUACAGCGA